CCUCUUUCUUGUGUGGAGCAUUUGCCAUGAUGAGGGCAUCAGUGGUGUGGCGCCUGAGUGUUGUUUGCAUCUCAAUUCACUUUGUGUUUGGUCGACAAUUAUUGGUUACAAGCGAUGGAGCUCAAACUAAAGAAUGGCCGUGCCCCGUUGAUGCAGACAUCAUGCCUUGCGUCUGCACCUUCGAUCAAGAUUUCAACCUCUUCAUGGACUGUUCUGAUGCCACGAAUAUUCAGGAGUUGAAUAAAGCUUUCACGGCAGAUUUUCCUUUCCUCGAAUUUAAAUCGUUGACGAUCGAUCAUACUUCAUGUGAAUCUUGUUCCCUGACAACCUUGCUUGCCGAUACAUUCGGGAGUGUGAGCUUUGAACAUGUAACAAUUACAGGAACUAAAAUAGAGGUUGUUGAAGAAAAUGCAUUAAGUGCUUCACAUGACUUGUUGAGAGUUUUGGACUUUCAUGCCAACCAAAUUUACUCCUUCCCAUUUGAGUCUUUGGGAGAUUUUACAGCCCUUACAUCUCUCAAUCUCGCGAACAAUCACUUCAAUGCAGACCAUCCAAUUCCUGAAAUCAUCUCUCCGACGUUGAGUACCUUACGAUUGUCAUCUCAGGACAAGCUUGAUAUUUCUCCUGGACUUGUCACAAACUGCCCUCUUAUUCAAAAAUUGUACUUGAGGAAUAGCAAGAUCCCUGAAGUUCCUCUUUUUGAUUUGUUUCCCAUAAGCAUGUUUUCAGGACUGCAAGACAUUGCAGUCUUGGACUUCGGAGUCAACGCCAUUACCGAGAUUGAGUCUUUUUCCAUCGUGUCUGACGCGAAGACUUUCAUCAAUGUAGAUUUAUCUCACAACGACAUCAGUAUUCUGCACCCUUACUUCAUUACAGGCUUCUCUAGUGAUGUCACCUCAACCUUGAACAUGUCACACAACUCAAUUGCUCGCAUGGAUCAAGAAAUCUGGGAGAACGUUUUCGCUGAACUUCCUCAAGAGAACUCCAUCGAUUUAUCCGUUAAUCCAAUCCUGUGUGGCUGUGAGAUCGCGUGGCUGGUGAACAGCCCCGUUACUAUCGGCCAGCAUGAGAGCUCUCAGGGAGAGAGCGCUUCAUUGCACCCAUCGUCGCUGUGGGAACAACUCAGCAUCGUCAAGAUGGAUAGCAGUAAAUGGAAAUUUUUGUUGCUUUUUCUUCACUGUGUCUCAGUCUUCAGAAACGCUAAUGGCAACACAGAGACCAAGAAUUAUCCUUGCCCGCUAGAUACAGAAUUCUUGCCAUGCGUGUGCACAGAAACCACUGAUAUGCUUCUCAAUGCUGACUGUUCCGCUGUCAAAAACCAUGAUGAACUGGCACUGGCUUUUAAGAGGGCUCAAUUUCCCUUUUAUAAAUUCAACAAACUAACUAUUGAUCACAGUGGAUGCUCUAGUUGCUCCUUACAAACUUUAACCCCAGAAAUUUUCAGUCCAAUCAGUUUUGUGGACGUGGAGAUACAUGGCACUAAAAUAACUACUGUCGAAGACGAUGCAUUCACUAAGUCCGAAGAAACCUUGAUAAGUUUGGAUCUAAGUUCAAACAAAAUCAAUUCAUUUGGAUUUGAAGUGCUUGCUUCUUUCAAGGUUCUUGAAACACUGAAUUUGCAAUCUAAUGCACUUGAUCUUGACGAAUCAACAGAGAUUCCACAGCUCACCUCGGCAUCUUUGAAGCACUUCUAUUUGUCCAACAAUCCCAAGAUUCUUUUCGACAAACUAAUGGUUAGCCAAAUUCCUACUCUAGUUUCCCUGCAUAUGAGCAACGUAAGUCUCAUCGAUAUCCCUCUGAUCACCGAAGAUAGCGUCAGCAUGUUCGACGGUCUCUCGCAAUUGAAAUCUUUGGACUUUUCUUCUAAUAGUUUAACGGAACUACAAAGUGAAGUGAUCGACACCGGCACUAUGUCAGUUUUGGAAACUGUGGAUUUUUCAAACAACCAAAUAACUACAGUACAUAGGCUCUUCAUCAACCAGGUUGUUGCGAAUGGUAAACUGGAUCUGCGACACAAUCUACUCGACUGUCUUGAAGAAGACGUCUGGAAGCCCACUUUCUCGGCACUUGGAGACGGAUCCAUCGACCUGACAGAUAACCCGCUGCUGUGUGGCUGCGAAGUAGCCUGGAUUGUCAGAGAUGCAGAAUAUGUCGCUAAACUAGCGCCCACGACGACCUGUUUGGACGGCGUCACGCUUUUCGUUGAUCUAAAGCCAGAAAUGUACGCAGACUGCCCACCGUACCAUCUGUGCAAUGCACAGCGCGAAUAACUGAAAAACACAUUAUCAUUUGAA